AUGGCAGCGAAGAAUCUUUCUCAACUCCUGACCUAUCAUGUCGUUUCACUCAGCUCCUUGAUGCCAGCCUCAGUUUGUUCUACUCCUGCCCAAGGUUCCAAAAGCUUAAGCGGGCUACUGGAAGUAACUCACAAAUAUGGGCCUUGCUCACCACUCAAGCAAGGAAAUGCAAAAAUUCCUAGUCUUCGCCAGAUUCUCAUCGAUGACCAAACCAGAGUCAACUCCAUCCAUUCCAAAUUCUCCAACCAACAGUCACCAGUAGCAGGUUCUAAAUUAAAACUUCCUGCCAACUCUGGCAUAUCCCUAGGGACUGGAGAAUUCAUUGUUAGGAUUGGAUUUGGAACACCAAAGAAAGAUUUCACAGUAGUCUUCGAUACAGGUAGUGAUCUAACUUGGAUCCAAUGCCUACCAUGCACCAUCCAAUGCUUUUUACAACAAGAUCCCUACUUCAACCCUUCUGCUUCCUCCACCUAUUCCAACAUCCAAUGUGGCUCCGCCGCAUGCUCGCAAGUGAAAUCGGCCACCGGCUACUCACCGUCCUGCACCACCGAUUGCAUCUACCAGGCAGCCUAUAAUGACGGCUCCACCACUGAAGGCUACUUUUCAACCGAUACACUUACACUAUCUUCCUCUGCUAUAUUCCCCAAUUUCAAAUUCGGGUGUGGUGAAAACAACCAAGCGCCUCUUUUAUUGGGCUCUGCAGAUGGAUUACUAGGUCUCGGCCGUGAUCCAAUCUCUAUAGUAUCACAGACUGCUCAAAAGUAUGGAAAGCUUUUCUCCUAUUGUCUUCCAUCCACAACCAGCUCCACUGGUUUUCUUACUUUCGGUAGCCAAGCUGGGGCUUCCUCUUCUUCUCUCCAAUACACUCCACUACUAAUAAAUUCGGAUCGCCCUGACUACUAUUACAUAACUAUGACAGGUAUAAGUGUUGAAGGGCAGUUACUUUCAAUCCCAGAAUCAGUUUUUAGAACUUCAGGAACCAUUAUAGACUCUGGAACUGUCAUCAGUCGUUUGGCACCAACAGCCUAUUCAGCUCUUCGGUUGGCAUUUCGUCUAGCAAUGUCCAAGUAUCCCGCUACGGCGUCACCGUAUUCACUAUAUGAUACAUGCUAUGACUUUUCUGGAUACACUAGUGUACAAUUACCAAGCAUAGUAUUGCAUUUAGGGGGAGGUACUGACUUGAAUGUUGAUGAGUCUGGGAUUCUAUAUCAUGCAACCUCAUCUGUAUAUUGCUUGGCUUUUUCUGCAAACGAUGCUGAUACAGAUCUGGGGAUCCUUGGAAAUAAUCAACAGAAGAGAUUUGAGGUGGUUUAUAAUGUGGCAGGAGGAAAGCUGGGAUUUGGAGCUGGAGCUUGUAGCUAA